AUGUUUGGACAGGCGUAUUUAUCAACGAUGUUAUGGCAAAUUGAAAAUGUAUCAUCCGCUUUUCUCUUUGGUAGUAUCCACUAUUCUUAUUUGAAAAUUUGGCCUUCCGUAUCAGAUUAUACCGUAGAAGUCUUUGAAAAUAGCAAACAUGUUUAUGGUGAAGUUGACUAUUCGAAUUCGGUUACGUAUAAUCAAUUUAUGCAUUGUAUUGAACAAAACAAUAUCAGUUUUUUAACAAAUAAAUUCUCAGACAAAAUAGAUGAUAAUACGUUUCUUGAUAAAUACCUCAUACUUCGAGCAAAACAACAAAAUAAAACAACAAAUCCAUUGGAAUCAAUUGAAACACAUUGUCAGACAGCGAAAAUAUUGUAUGGUACUGAUUAUCUUUCUGAAAAUCAACCUGAAAGUGAUUCUAAUGAUGAAAACAAUUUUAUUUAUGAAUAUAAUUGCGGAAAAUUUGAUUAUGCAACGGCAAUGGGUAUGUGGCAUGGAUUUCAAAAGGUAUAUGGUACCGAAGUUUGGAUGGAAAAUUAUGCUAUGGAUAUGAAACGUCAUAGAGAAAUGGCCAAAAGAAUUCAUCAGGCUUUGAUAGAGAAUCCAAAUGAUAAAUUCUUUUUCAUCAUGGGUGUACUUCAUUUGAUUGGCAGCGAUACUGUAAUAUCCGUCUUAGAAAACGAUUAUUAUUACACAAUUAAUAGGAUUUUGACUGAUCGAAAAAAACAGAAAACAAUUUUAAAUUGUAAAGAAGAUUAUGGUUCAGGAAUAAGUCAUUUUGAUGAUCCUGAUCAACAAGCCUUUUGGAUUGUAUCCUUUUCGUCAAAAAUUCAAGAUUUUUCAAAGUCUGUUUGA